AUGACUCCUGCACGAUGUAAUCUCAAAGAAGUGUCUUUUAGUCACUUGUUUCCUGCAGAAGUAGCGCGGGCUCUAGUAGGUGGUCUCACGCUAGCUAUUGCCUAUAUGCAUUCACGAGGUAUUGUCCAUGGAGAUAUCCAUCUUGGCAAUAUAUUAGUCAAACUCCCAUCAAGUCUCAACCACCUUUCAAUCAAACAGCUAUACGAAGAAUACGGACACCCAGAAACAGUUCCUAUCACACACCGCAACGGGAAGCCGCUUCCACCCAACAUCCCAGCAAAAGCAGUCCUACCGCUAUAUCUAGGAAAAGAUGCAGAGGAAUUCUCCCUCUCUGACGCACAGAUACGUCUAAGUGAUUUCGGCGAGACAUUUAACCCAGAUUUAGAACCUCGUUUGGGAAAAGAUUGCCAUACACCGCUAGCAGCACGACCUCCAGACGCUUGGUUCGAAAUACAGACUUCUCUCUCUUAUUCUGCAGAUAUCUGGAGCUUGGCUACGGCGAUUUGGGAGAUUAUCGGUAUGAAGGCCAUUUUUAGCAGUGAAUACACAUCAGUGGAUGAGGUUAUCUGUCAGCAGAUUGAUGUGUUGGGAUCUCUGCCUCUGGAGUGGUUCGAGAGUUGGGGAAAGCGAGAUCUAUAUUUUGAUGAUGAUGGAGUUCCAAAGGAUGGUCGGUAUGUGUGGUCGUCGAUUGACGGAGCAUUUGAGGAAGGUGUGCAGAAGUAUCGACGAAAGUUUGGGAUGGGCGAGUUUGACGGGGAGGAAACGGCUGCUUUUCUAGAUCUGAUGCGUCGAAUGUUGACAUUCCGACCUGAAGAACGACCAACAGCGAGAGAGGUCCUACAGUCGAGGUUGAUGGUUGAAUGGGUAUUACCUGAUUUCGAACGGAGUUCGCAGAUGGGGUAG